AUGACAAUCAAAAUCGAAAUGAAAGUUGAACAAUCGCUGCUGGAGAUAAUGAACAGCAUGCCACUCAAAGAGCUUGAAGGUAUUCCACUAUUGUUUUGUUCGACAUUCAAAUCUUUCGAUGUGUUUAGAAGUGUGUGAUGAUCGAAUUCAAAUGCGCAUACAAUAUUUGGAAACGGUCAUCUACGGCUGGAAAACCUACAAAAGCGUGAGAGACGCACAUCGACACACUCUUUUCUUGAUGCUGCUGUCCAACUGCAAACAUGCUCUUCAUGAGUACGAAGAACGUGUGCUCUACCCAAAACUUAAGGAAAAAGAAGCGGUGGAAAAACUUCUGGCCACAAGAGUCAUCAGCGAUUUGUCAAAGGCCACCGAUGUUUGCUCGACGUCGUCUACGUGCGUUUCUUUUUGUUUUUGAUGUGAACUUUUGGGGUUUCGAACUAUCUCGCACUUUGCCCUAAUAUCACGAUUUCAUAAUUUGUUUUCAGAGCAGAUUUGGGAGCCGAGAGUAUGGAGAAUUCCACGACAGACGGGUCUUCGGGAUCACAAUCGCCUGUCACUAAAUGUCCUACUGCCGAACAAGUGGGAAUUCCAGAAAUUGUCAUUGACGACGUGAGGAUGAAAUUUAAUCAGAAAAUCGCUUUAUUCAUUGAUUUCAGGUUUCUGAAACUCAGAUCGAGAAAACUGAGCUCAAGAUUUCUGAGGAAAAGGAUUAUUCUCUCAGCAAUGAACAAACUUCAGCACCCAAAAGGUACGUUAUUCGAGACAACAUUUGUUUAAAAAAAAUAUAACUUUAUUUUAGUGCUGACUAUGAGCCGGCACAGAAGAGCAUUGCCUAUCUGCGGAGUCUGGUGACCAGAGUAGAAGGUAUUCAAUCCGCCGAGGACCAGGAAGACAAUUCCGUUGUGGGUGUUACAAACAAUAUUGUGCUCUCGGAGGGAAUCUUGAAAGCCGCCGAGCAAGUGAAGAAGGCAAUCAACAACGUUAAUGCGGCCCAAGUGGCAACCCUCAUGAACUUAACCAGUAGAAACGGUUCAACACCGGCGAGGUAUCAAUAUUCGCGGGCAAAAACAAUGGAGAUUCCGCUGAACACGAAGGUGACGCCGACUGCAGUUAUCUUCAACAGUAACGAACCAAUGUCGCAUGGAAUGAAGAAAAGGGCCAAGAAAGCAGCUAAAAAGGCUGUUGAAGCAGCCGAUAUUGCUCGGAAAAGUCAAGAAGAAAAAGAACUAAUGGAUCGUCAAGCGAGACUCGCGGCUGAAGCUCUUCUAGCUCUUCAAAACAAGGCAAACGGCAUAGCUGUCCCGUCUGUCGCUGGAGAAAAUGGUCCGAAAACAGAACUCCGCGAGCUUCCACUGACCAACGAAGAACUCGAGAAGUUUGUUGAGCUGACCAAACAGGGCAUCAAGGAGUAUCCCGUGGGAAGUGAGGAGGCCGAGCUGAUGAAAAAAGUGAACAAGUACGAGGCAACUUUGAAGAAUGGAAUAUUUGCAAAUCUGGUUCAUGAGAAAGAAGGUUAGUUUGCUUAGCUUCUGCUCAUCAGUUUUUGACUAUGCUGAAGGUCAUGAAUUAUUUGAAUUUCCGGUUUGAGCACUGGACUGGAAUUUUGCAAGUAUGCCCAAACCCAUGUAUAUUGCAGUCAAGAAGCAGAGGUUGAAGCAGAUCGAGACUUUGUCGAAACAAGUGGAGGCAGCCAUUCCCGAAAAAUUGAGUAUCAAAAUGAAUCCCGAAGAAUCUCUACAAGUCACUAGGUCUUUCAUUCUUGAGAAACUAUCUUUCUGGAGCAAGGUAUAGAGCAGAAAACGUAUUUUUAUGACAUAAAUUGUUUAUUUUCAGUCUGACGAGCAGCGCGCGCCACACUUCGUUCAGAUGUAUCAAUAUUUCCUGAACAACUGGGGAUUCUACAUCUCCAGCAUCAUAAUGCGUUUCAUUUCCUGCAAGAACAUCUCGAGUGCUGAAGCCGAAGCAACGAUGCUCCUUCAGUUUCAGGCAGGCCGUUAUUUCUCCAACGCCGACCAUACUCCUCUCGAUGUUUGA